GCAGAGAGGCACGGAGACGCAGCAGAGAGCAUCAAGGCGACUUCAUCUGGGAACGAAUCAAUAAAACAAGUUGGAAAAGCAGGGUUACACGGAGGAAAAAAACAACAAAAAAGCACAUCGGAAGAGGUAUUUUCUGCACGGACAUAAAAUGAAAGGGUUACCUGGCUGCAUUUUGGAUUUGGAGUCUUUUAUUGCACCGCUGCGACUUUGACACAAGAGUUCCGCAGUCUCUCUCGGAGUUGUCUGUUGGGCAGGAAUUUCAGGCAACACUAAAUCAAACUUGAGUUGGACCUCCAGGAACAUUGGAAAGGAAGACACAAAAGCACCACUGCCACCAUGGACAAUGAACAGUGCUACUACAACGAGACCAUCACCUUCUUCUACAACCACAGCGGCAAGUACCUUGCCACCGACUGGGACACCGUCAGCAGGCUGGUGAUGGGCCUGGGCAUCACCGUGUGCAUCUUCAUCAUGCUCGCCAACCUCCUGGUGAUGAUCGCCAUCUACGUCAACAGGAGAUUCCACUUCCCCAUCUACUACCUGAUGGCCAACCUGGCGGCUGCUGAUUUCUUUGCCGGACUGGCCUACUUCUACUUGAUGUUCAACACGGGGCCGAACACCAGGCGCCUGACCGUGUCCACGUGGCUGCUGCGCCAGGGCUUGAUCGACACCAGCCUGACGGCGUCCGUGGCCAACCUGCUCGCCAUCGCCAUCGAGCGCCACAUCACCGUGUUCCGCAUGCAGCUGCACACGCGCAUGAGCAACCGCCGCGUGGUGGUGGUGAUCGUCAUAAUCUGGACCAUGUCCAUAGUCAUGGGGGCCAUCCCCAGCGUGGGCUGGAACUGCAUCUGUAGUCUCGAGCACUGCUCCAACAUGGCGCCGCUUUACAGCAACUCCUACCUGACCUUCUGGGCGGUGUUUAACCUUGUGACGUUCGUUGUCAUGGUGACGCUCUAUGCCCACAUCUUUGUCUAUGUGCGCCAGAGGACCAUGAGGAUGUCGCGGCACAGCUCCGGGCCACGGCGCAACCGAGAUACCAUGAUGUCUCUGCUGAAAACCGUGGUGAUUGUGUUGGGUGCGUUCAUCGUCUGCUGGACUCCCGGCCUGGUCAUCCUCCUCCUCGACGUCUUCUGCGUCAACUGCAAUGUCCUCACCUAUGAGAAGUUCUUCCUGCUGCUCGCCGAGUUCAACUCGGCCAUGAACCCCAUCAUCUACUCCUACCGCGACAAGGAGAUGAGCGCCACCUUCAGGCAGAUCCUGUGCUGCCAGCGGCAGGAGAACGUCAACGGGACGGUGGCGGAGGGGUCCGACCGGUCGGCGUCGUCCACCAACCACACGGUGCUGAGCGGCGGAGCGCACCACCAUCACCACCACCACAACAACGAACACUCGGUGGUAUAAAAAGGAAGGGCUGGACAUCGCGGGGAUUAAUCCAGCCACUUGAAGGAGGUUAAUCUGUGUUGGAGAUACUGACUGAGAGAAGGUGAACGGGAAGGCUUGAGGGGGACUGCGAACAUGAUACGAACUAAAGACAGUAAGGUGAUGACUCGGAGAAUGAAGAUUAGAUAGAUGAGUUGAUGACGAGCUGGAUGAGAUCGCAGCGAAGAAGAUGGCGUCUACGAGGACUCUGAUAGGCUGUUAGUAUUUCUGCUUAGUUGUUUAUUAAUUGUUUUGAAUAUGUUGUCACGGACAACGCUGGUAUGAACUAUUUAAAAGUAAUCUGUGAAAUGAAGGUAAUGCCAGUACUCCAGUGUUCUUUAACUUUGUAUCCUGUAAUUUCAGACUUCUUCCCCUCGAUCCCCAUUCUUAAGAAAGAUCUUGUUACAUCAUACAGACCUUUUACAUUCAGAUAGCAUUACACUACCAUUGGGGUGUUACUCCACAUCCAUUGGAGGACUCUUUUCCAACACUAUUCUUUCUUUUUUCCUUUAUGUUUGGGAGAAAAGACCUUACAUUUUGAGAAACACAAAAGGCUGAUUUUUUUUUCUCGAUAGUAUUUGGAUCCAUUUCCAGGGUUUUGACCUUUCCAAAAUGCAGGCCAAAGUGAACCAUUUAUGUGACAUCUUGCUGAUGCUCAUAAGAUAAAUGAAUAUAUCAAUACUGACAUGUUUGAUAUGUUUAGCGACUUACCAAAAAUGACCAUUAUGGAGUUUUUAAGUCACCAGAGCUGUUAUUUAUUUCUGCAGCAGAUUCCUCAAUCAUCUUUCAAUGACAAGAGACCUUAGACCAAAACUCAUCAUUCCACUGAUCCCCAUCUCCCACUGAUAAGGCUUUAGUGAAUCCAGUUUCUUCCUUCAGUCCAACUUAAAUACAAGAGGCGUCCAGGAUCUGUUGUUUGUUCCCUCUGAGGAAUUAGAGACAAGUUGUUCCAGGGAUCUCACUAAAAAGGGGGAGGAUGUUUGCGGUUUUAGAACAGGCUCUGUGCCACGGUGUUAUGUGGAGACACGGUGAAGGUCAUCUCUGCCGAGUGUUAGCAGACUUCGGGUCAUGACAUGAAAUGCGCUGAGUUGUCUGCCUCUCGUGGUUUUACGAGGCGUCUCCACGAGGCUGACUGAGGAAAAAGUGAAUGUGAAAGUAGAGUUUGAUGUUUACUCGUUGUGAGAGGUGGCAAGAUGGGCCGUCACGUCUUCUUAUAGCAGGGACAUGAAGUUAAAAUUGGUGCCUGCCUGAAUUUGUACUUGACAAACUCAACUUUGCCACGAAUGAGACAGAAGUAACAGUUUUGACUGCAAACACUGACCCGCGAGUGUCACGACAGUCCAUAUAGUUAUAUAUGACAGUUACAUUUCAGGCUGGACCAAAGAGGUCGACUGACCCACAGAUCAAUUUUAUUGCCACACAUAAAGCCACAGUGCUAGCUUGGCCAAUAAAAAUGCAGUUUGCAAUCAGGAAAAAUUUCCGUUUGUGAAUUUCCUCAUUUUCAUGAAGUUCUCUCCUACAGUACCACAGUACCCUGCUUUAAAAACACUCAAAGGAAAGUGUGGAAAUAUUGUUCCUGUUACCAGAAACUGAAUGUCAUGUACACAUUUGUUUUUUCUGCGACAGUGUUAUUGGUGAUAUGAAGUAAUACAGAUGUCCAUCCAAAAUAAUAUAUGACGUUUUGUUUAUGUCACUAUAUAAGAUGGUUGAAGGUAUGAUGUUUUUCAGAUUUAUUUUGUGAACCAGUCCUUAUUUGGAAAUGCUGCAGAUACAAAUAAUCCAAACCUUUUUCUGAACCCCUGCCUCUGUCUCCUCACUGUCCCUCCUCGUGGCAUCUUAAACAGGGACAUGCCAUGCGUUUAAAGUGUCCAAUUGAUUUAAAGGUGCAGUGUGUAGGAUUUAGCUCCACCUAGCGGUGACGUUGCAGACUGUAACUGACUGAAACUUCUCCCCUUGUGCCAAGCGUGUAGGAGAAAUUCAGUGGCUAAAUGACUUUAUCUAGAGCCAGUGAUUGGUUUGUCCACUCUGGGCUACUGAAGAAACACGGCAGCUUACUGUAAGGUGGCACAUAUUAUAGAUUGGACUCAUACGUAUCCGGGUGACAGGCAUAAAGUGGGGUUCUGAUCAUGUUGGUGUUUAUCGCAACAACUUUAUGGACUUUUAUACCACAACACAACAUUAAGCAUAUUUGGUAGUCUUAUUCUUUUUAAAGGGGCACUGACAACAAUGACGUCUCAUAGUUUACUCUUAAGAUAAUACGCUUGUUAAAUGAUAUCUUAUUGCCUCAAGUGCACUCCUCCACUGUCUGCUAUUAACUUGAGAUUCAACUGAAGUCAGCCAGCCUAGUGAUGCUGUGAUGUACGUUGUUAAAAAUUACCAGCUGAAUUUCGUCGUGACUCGACACAAAACACAUUUUGGCCAAAAUACACAGACAAAAGUCCAAACAAGCGAACAGCCAGAUGUUUUCCAGGAAGCAAGAUGUUUGUCAGGGAUUUAAGCUGCAGCUGAAAUGAAGUCAGCUGGUAUUUGUGUGCCUGUCAGAGUUGGUCAAAAUGUCGCCCUGUUUAUGAGGCAACUUAAGUUCUUUUAUCCAGAAUUAUGAUUCUAUUGUUCACUGUUGGCCUUUUAUCUACAAGUUGUGCCUUUCCACUUCAAAAAAAAAAAAAAGAAACAAACUCAAAAAUUCUAAGGCAACAAUGUUAGAUAUUUUCUUCUUAGACAAUUCAACCGAAUUCCUUUAGUUUUGCCUUUGAGCUGUUGCAUCCUUUACUUCUUUUAACUUCACAACAGGCCUCAAUAGACUAACAGCAGCAGUUGCAGUGCCACUCAUUGUAUCGUUGACCAAACUUUGGCAUUCUUUGGCUCUGGACCCAACCCUGCAUAUUUGACAUUAACUGUAACCAUUUUUCAAACAAAGUAAUGCUUCAGGUUAUAUCGCAAACCAACUAAACUGUCUGUCUUCGUAUGCCUCUGUUUACCAGUGUGUCAUUAUUUUGUACACUGUUGUAAGUAUAUGUGUACAGUAUGUAUGUAUAUAAAAUAUAUUAUUCAAAGUUAAUCACCAAAGGGAAAGCGUUUUUGUGUUUGUAAAUUUAAGUGUGUUAUAAUCUGUCCAAACGUACUGUAGGAUUUUGUUUAUGGUUAUAAUGUCAUGAGCUCUAUUGUGUUGUGAGCCUAAUUAAUGCAUUUCCUGUUGACUAUUAUGGUUAUUAACUUGUUUGUGACCCAGAACUAGAUAUCUAUGUGUGCAGUGCCUUCCAGUCCUCCUCCAGAAAGAGUAACUUAAAACCAGGCUCAGAAGCAGUGUUUCACAGCCCUCUCUGGUUUAAAGUGUGCCUCUUUGCACCUGUAACCACACCCAUCUGUGAUGUCACAGUGUCCUAGAGUACGCUUGUACAUCACCGCAGCAAUGUGGGAAGUUGAACCAGUGGCGGUGAGCGAAUACAAGAUCUUCCGGUGGUUUUAUCCUACUCUUUAAUUGCAUGUUGUUUUACAAUUGCCUUAAAGUACAACAAAGAUUAAUGUCAGUGUUACUUUUACAGAAAGUAUAGUGCACGGUUUCUACUUUUAUUUUCAGAGCAUGACUACAAACUCAUGAAUACAGAUGGUUUUGUUUUUAGUGUGGUAUGAUAAAAAAAAAAAAUCCAAUGUGGAGACACUGAUUGAAAAUUUAAAGUGAUCAAUUUAAAUUUUUUUGUCUUUUCGUUUAACAUCAUUCUUUAGGGCAACGUUCCCUGGCGGCAUAUGUCGCAUGUCAAAACACUUUCACCCAUAGAUUUCCAUGUAAGUCCACAGCCUAUUAUGCAUGUCAGGGUAGGACAAUGUCCUUUUCCCAGCUUCAACAUGCGUGACCUUUCCUGAAAAACAGUUUUAUCACAUUAGCUCCCCAGGUUAGCACAUUCCUGCCAUCAUAUCCAGACUACUUCUGUCUGAAUGUCCAAUGUUUGCUAUGGGCGGUGUGUGUUGAACUCGAUAAAUGUUGUCAUUUUCAUACCAAAAACUGUUCACCCGAAAGUGUAUUCAAAGAAUGGCGAUAUGUACGUUAUCAGGAGCAACCGUCGGGGUCUUCCUAACUGUCUAAAAGUCUGUUCUUCCAAAGUGACACAUUGCUUUUAAAUGUUUUUUUGUUGCCAAGCCUCAGAUUAAACAAACCGUGUACCAGUAGUUUGUAGAAAGUAAGUGUGACACAGACGUAAACGUGAUUUCCAUACUAUCUAUACUGUACGGGCCAAUAUCAAUGAAUGUCCACCCAGAGUCAUAGUGUUGAUAUCCCAGCAACAAUAAAAACAUGAGAAAAGUCUGAA